AUGUCUUCUGCUGUGAUUGCCAAGCCUGUGAUGUGAGGUCUAUUGGCCAAACGUCUAUGAUUUCACUUGGCUGUGGUUUUUACUUUAGCUUUUGCAGCAGCUGGUACCGUCAAGUUUGUAGUAGGUGAAUCCAGGAAGAAAGUAUAUGCUGACUUCUGUAAGAAGUAUGAUUCAAUGAAGGCUUUUGAGACCAUGAGGGAUGCUGGUAUAUUUGAAAGUGUGAAACCAAAGAAGUAGAGUCUUUCAAAGGAACCUUGGAAUGAAUGGCAAGAUUGCUCCUCUGUCUUACACUGGGGAACUGGAG